CGAGACUUAACACACGUUCUACUUUCUCGUGAAAGGCAUUCAUGCGUUCAGGUUUAUAGUGAUAUUUCUGCAUACAAAAUUACUGACUGUGUCGGACAUUGUGAUCAGUGCUGAAGAAAGGUGAAUGAUGAUCAAAGUGGAACCACCGCCGCCAACGAUUAUGAACGCCCAAACAGUCUUUGGCAUGGCCCGAGCUCCCCUCAAGUCCAGCUUCUCCAUCAACGCUAUUCUGCCGGAGACUUUGGAAGAGUCAUCACCCACGUCGACGCCCAGUCCGACACCCUACCACUCCCCGAUGGAGUCUGAACAGGAUCUCACCGAUACGGAGAGUGAUUUGGACGUCACGGGAACCCCACCGCCAAUGGAUUGUUCAAACGGCGCCAGGGAGCGCGACGAAGCAGCCGGUGAGAACGGAAGCGCCAGUCCCGCGCCCAAAGACGGAGAAACAACAGGCACUGAGAAAAAGGGCAACGAGAAGCCCCCAUAUUCCUACAACGCCCUCAUCAUGAUGGCCAUCCGCCAGAGCCCAGAGAAGCGACUCACCCUUAACGGCAUCUACGAGUACAUCAUGAAGAACUUCCCGUACUACCGCGACAAUAAACAAGGCUGGCAAAACUCAAUUCGGCACAAUCUCAGCCUCAAUAAGUGCUUUGUCAAAGUGCCUCGACACUACGAUGAUCCCGGAAAGGGCAACUACUGGAUGCUGGAUCCAUCAGCCGAGGAUGUCUUCAUCGGUGGCUCCACUGGGAAGCUGAGGCGACGCACCACAGCAGCAUCACGAUCCCGCCUGGCCGCCUUCAAGCGAUCUCUAGUCGGGCCCAUCUUCCCCGCCGCCCUGGGUUAUCCGCAGUUCAGUCAGUUCCUUUAUCCGCAACACGCCGCCGCCGCCGCUGCAGCUCCAGCCCUCCUGGCCAGCAUGUACACGCGCUACGGCCCGUACACGCCAAGCCUGGCGCCAAAGCCACCUUCGCUGCCGCUCUCGCUGCCAUUCUCCACGCCCGCAGGCUUCGGGAUGGAGCGACUCCUCACCACACAAACCCCACCCGCCUCAUCAGCAGAGUUGUACCAAAGACUCCAGUAUCAGCAGCUCUUGCAACAACACGCUGCCGUGCAGCAACUACAGCAUCAUCCGCCGCCCUCGCUCCCGCAGACUCUACCCCCGCUCAGCCCCACGAACCCGCCACAGGCCACCUCGACGAGUCCCACGAACCCGUCGCCCAUCUUCAAGCCCAUCACCGUGGUGUCGCGACACAGUUGAGCAGCGCCAGACGAAAUGCAUAAAAAAUUAUUUUCUUCUCUUUCUGUUCCAAACGGUAGAAUUUUUUUCCCUCUCAAUUGAUAUCAAAAGG